AUGCCAUCGAUUUAUAAUUAUUUACGGUUCGUUACUCUAGUUUCAUUACUGCUGUGCAGCUUUUUGCAGCGUGAUGGUGCUGCUUCAUACAUCAACAACUACAACAGCAAUGGCGACAGCGGCAAGAUCGCUAGCAGCGUUGAAGACUUUAGCGAUUUCGACGACGGCGAUCUCUCCGACAGCAGCCAUCUGAACUUCCCUGGCGACAACAUCAAUAAUUACGAGCAAUACAACACUAACUACAACGCCAACUACAACACUAACUACAACGCCAACUUCAACCUCCCACAUCCGGACGCCAUCCCAGAUUGGUACCAGGAGCCAUCCGAGGGCAGACAAUCGAACGACACCUUUGAGGACAUUUACAAUUUCGAAGACACCAAUCCUUAUCAACCGGAGAACAAUUUUUUUCCCGAAUCUGAAGCAGAGGAAUACGACGUUAAAACAUCUUCGAGCCAUGCGAAUGAAUGCGAGAACAGGGCAUCUUGCACCAGACACUUACCUUUCUCCAAACAAAAUUGUUUCUGCGACGAACACUGUGUGACUUACGACGAUUGCUGCAGCGAUUAUGACCCGCCAAGUUUUGCUUUUCAAAGUGGGGCCAACGUUACGAAUUCUCUGAGAUGUUCUCAACUCGAUAUGGUCAACUCGAAAGCAGAGUUCUACGUCGUGCACAAAUGUCCGCCUGAUUUCAAGGACAGCUUCGUGAAGGAUCGAUGCGAAAACAACGGGCCAGUUAACAAAGAUCUGUUCUUCAAAAUCUACGUCACCGGAUUUCAUUCUGAAAUUCUCUACAAGAACGUCUACUGCGCCAUCUGCCACAACGACCACGAGGACUUUAGAUUCUGGCAGGUCAUCAAGAGAUGUCCUCCAAACCAUCCUAUACCAAGCGAGGCUAACAAACCCAUCACCGCAAAAUCCUUCUACAACUUGGACGGCAAACUCAACUGCCCUCUGGAGCUCAUCCCACCAACAGGGAUCAUCCCGAGAAAGUGCAAAUCCUUCCUCGAAACCUGUUCCGGGGCGUUCAAAAAUUCCUACGAAGGUCGCAUGUGCGGAAACGCUCCCCACUCCUACGUUUACAAGGGUGAUGAAGUUUUCAAAAAUAAGUUCUGCGCCGAGUGUAACGGAUUUGAGAACAGUGAAUACACGUGCAUCGAUAAUAAAACGACGAGUUAUGAAUUCGAUCUUACGGACAGUGAAUGGUUCGGUGAGGGUAUGAAGGACUCGCUGGUGGAAAUAUUCGAUUUAUCGACAACCACCGGAUAUGUGCACAAGCCUAAAGCGAAAGAACAAUCCGUGCUUCUGGGAAGAUGUUCCAAGGAGGGAUUGAUUUUUGAUCCGUUUUCCGUUCCUAAAAAAUGCAGACGAAUAACGUGUGAAGAAGAAAAUUUGGUGUUCUUUGAUGGCAAAUGUAUUGAUCCAUCCAUAACAACGACAACAACAACAAAAGCGCCUACAACUGCAAAACUUUCAAAAACUACAAAGAAAAUAAUUUCCUCAAAAACAAAAUCCCUGCUGACAACUUCUAAAUCAAAAGUUACGACGAUGCCCGCCAAAAAGAUUUCCAAACCAAGCGGUAAGGUGUCAUCAACUACCGCCAGUCAAACUGAAAAAAAAUCCGUGAUUAUAACGCCGGCAGCCUUAACGCCUACUACAAAAUUAUCAUAUUCAGAAGUUACAAUAUCGUCGACAUUGGCAUCUGCAGAAGUAACAACGGCCAUUCCAGUUGCGUCUCCAACUACUACUGAAACAGUUACUACAACCACAACAACCACUACUACUACCACUACUACUACCACCACUACUACUACUACCACCACUACUACUACUACCACCACUACUACAACGACUACUACAUCACCACCAACUACAACUACCACUCCGACUAGAACGACUACUGAAGCAACAUUUAAUAAAUACGCCGUGCAUAUUCUUGAUAAAGAAACAACAACAACAGGUGCUACUACUACAACUGCUGCUAUUACUACUACAACUACAACUAUUACUGCUGCUACUACUACUACUACUAAAGCUGCUGUUACAAAUUUUAACAUUGUUGAUAAUGAUGGAGAUGCAUACGGUCCCAGAUAUGAAGAUAACGACGGCUACGAUGAUGAUCAUUGGCGUGAUGAUAAAUAUUAUAACAGGGAUGAUGAUGAUGAUGAUGAAAUUACAGCGAUGGGUGGUCACGUGAUAUCGCCAACAUCAUCAUCAUCACCAUUCUCUUCAUCUUCAUCCUCAUCAACUCCACAUGAAAGUAACGUUCAAAGUGAAAUGUAUACCAUUAAAAGUGCUGCCUUUGAUGGUGAUGCUAGCAGUCUUGAUGAUGAUGAUGAUCACGAUAAUGAUGACGAUGACGAUGAUGAUGGGAAGAAGGAGGAGGAAGAAAAAGACGUCAGAAAAAUCAAUUAUGAUGAUGAUCUUAUGGAUAACCAGGUUGCACAAAGAAUGCCGAAUCGUGUGAAUAACUAUAGUGACGAUGGUGAUGCAGAUGAUGAUGAUGGUGGUAAAGAUGAUGAAAGUUAUAAGUUGAGAAAGGUAACGGAUAAUGUUGCAGUAGCAGCAGCAACAACAACGCAUUCAGUAGCUACACGUAAACAUCAUUAUGAAGAGAGCUACGAUAAUGAUAACGAAAAAAAUAAUAUUAACAACAACAAUAACGAUGAUGAUGUUAACGACGAUGAUGAAGAUGAUGAACCUAGAAAUUUCGUCGAGUUGAAUUCAGACGAUAUUCUUUCAAAACCGUCGGUUUACAACGAUUCGGCACACAAAUACCCGAUCGAUACGUUGAUAAUGUUCCACUACUACAGCUCUCAGAUGGUAGCUUCCAUUGUUGUAACCAUCAUCUCCAUGCUUCUCUUAUUAAUAACAGGACUAGGCUUACUGCUGAUGCGACAAUUUCCUAAAACACUGACAACAAAAAGCGUAAUCAUUUUAUGUCUAGUCUUGUUUUUAGCUGAAAGUUCUUAUUUAUUGACGACUGUUGUUUCAAACUCUGAGCACGUGGAAACUGCUGAUAGUCAUCAAAUAUCUCAUAACGUGAGAGCUCCAGUUGGAAGUAUUUUUUUCUGGAACGCUCUUCUCAUGCAUUAUUUGUGGCUGGUUGUUGCUUUCUGGAUCAGUGCUUUCACGAUCAUUUUCGUUAGGAAGGAAUCGAAAGAAAUGAUGAUGUUGGAUGAUGAAAAUGACGAUGUCGAAAAUGAAAAGAGUUUGAAAGCAGCUGACGAAAAAGUUGCCGUGGUUGUUCAGAAAGAUUACGGUUUAAAGUUUUAUUUCCUCUACGCGUUUUUUUUGCCUCUCGUUGUCGUCUUUGUGGCUCUUGUCGUCGACGUCAUUGGCGGCAAGUCUGAAACCAUCGCCAACAUCAGACCAUUCUACGGACAGCACAAAGUCUGCUGGUUGACCGGGUACCACGCACUCUGGCUGUUCGUUGCCUUCCCAGUUCUGCUGCUCUGCUCCACCAACAUCCUCCUCCUCAUCUGCAUCGUCCUCAGGAAGUUGAGGACCGCUACGUCCUCCAAAGCAAGCAACUCAUCGCUCAACAUGGAACCGAGUUUCAAGUUGAAGAUCAUUUGGGGCUUGUUCUACAACAUCCUCUUCAUCUCUCUCUGGAUGGCCGCCUUUCUCGGCGGAUACAAGCACAGAAAAAAUCAUUACACGGAUUUCUGGAUUCUAUUUUUAAUUUUAUUCCCUCUCCUAGCUGUUUCAAUUUUUUUUGUUUUUUUUUGCUCAAAGUUUGUGAACCGUCUGAUCGGGCGGGAGGGAAUGUUCGUGCUUCAGUCGACGGAGGAUCUACCGGGCAAACAGAACGGACACAAAACAAACGGCUUCCAUAAGAACAAAAUUAACGGAAAAUCCACGCAAGACAAAAAUGGGACCAGAAAGUCCCCGUCGAAAUCUCCGCAAGUAAAUGGAAGUCCUAGGAGGGAAAUUAUAUCUCAGGAAACUACUAUGUGAAUACGUGAGUGAAUGAGUGAGCGAGUGAAUGAGUAAACGAAUGAAAGAAAGAGUGAGUAAGUAAAUGAACGAGUGAGGUUUCUUGUUUAUGAUCCAGCGACCAAAUGAUUGAAGUAAUUUUGGCUGUCUGCAUCAUUCAUGUGCGCACUGUCUUACAUGUUUAAGCAAACUAUAUUUACCUACGAUGAAUAUUUUGAAAAGAUAUUAAUG